UUUGCACCGAGCAAGUCGCUCACGUGAUAUUUAAAUGUUAAAAGCACAGUUUUUGAAUAUCAUUAUGGCUGAUGAUUUGAUCAGUUUCUAUGACUAUGUUGACAAAAAUCAGGAUAACUAUACUGAGUCUCUAGCAGCUUGGGUUGAAAUUCAAAGCGUUUCAGCAUGGCCUCACAAAAGAGAAGAUACUAUAAAGAUGGUGAAAUUUGUAGCAAAGGAGUUAGAGAAACUUGGGGCAACAAUUGAAGUCUGUGACAAUCCUUUAAUUAAUGAAGUAACACCUGAUGGUUGUAAGAUUCCUUUUCCACCCAUUAUACUUGGUAAUCUUGGUGCUGAUCCUACUAAAAAAACAAUAUGUAUAUAUGGGCAUUUGGAUGUUCAACCAGCAGCUAAGGAAGAUGGAUGGGACAGUGAACCUUUCAAGUUAAUAGAAAAGGAUGGAAAAUUAUAUGGAAGAGGUGCAACCGAUGACAAAGGGCCGGUUUUGGCUUGGUUAAAAGCAAUUGAAGCAUUUCAAACAUUAGGCAUUGAAAUUCCAGUGAACUUAAAGUUUUGUUUGGAAGGAAUGGAAGAAGUUGGCAGUGAGGGUCUUGCUGAAUUAAUUGAACUUAGAAAAGAAACUUUUUUUAAGGAUGUUGAUUUUGUUUGUAUUUCUGAUAACUAUUGGCUUGGAAGAAAUAAACCAUGUAUUACAUAUGGCUUAAGGGGAACUGCAUACUUUUAUGCUGAGAUAAUUUGUGCAAAACAAGAUCUUCAUUCUGGAGUGUUUGGGGGGACUGUACAUGAAGCAAUGAUUGACUUGUGUCACUUGUUUAGUAAGUUGGUUGAUAAUAAAGGAAAUAUUCUUAUUCCUGGAAUUAACAAUUUAGUGAGACCUCUUACUGAUGAAGAAGACAAACUUUAUGAUGAUAUUGAUUUUGAUCUUGUUGAUUAUGCACAUUAUAUUGGGACUGAUAGAUUGCUUCAUCAUGGAGAUAAUUCAAAGAAAUUGACAUUACAACAUCGAUGGAGAUACCCUUCUCUUUCAAUUCAUGGUGUUCAAGGAUCAUUUGAUGGUGCUGGAUGCAAGACUGUUAUACCAAAAAAUGUUAUUGGAAAAUUCUCAAUUCGUUUGGUACCCGAUCAGACUCCUGAACAUAUAGAACAUUUAGUAAAAACAUAUUGUCAACAGGUCCAUGCUGACAGUAAUAGUCCUAACAAAUUAAUUGUAACAAUGGCUCAUGGAGGAAUGCCAUGGUUAAGUGAUUAUAAUGAUUCUAAUUACACAGCUGGUAUCAAAGCUAUGAAAAGAGUUUUUAAUGUAACACCUGACUUGACACGUGAAGGAUGUAGUAUUCCUGCGACACUAAUAAUGCAAAACGCAACUGGUAAAAGUGUGAUCUUACUUCCUAUUGGUGCUUGUGAUGAUGGGGCGCAUUCACAAAAUGAAAAAAUUAAUCGAAGUAACUUUAUUAGUGGGAUCAAAGUGCUUGGUGCAUACUUGGACGAAGUUUCGAAAACAGUUUAGAUAUAUAUAUAUACAUAUAUAUAUACAUAUAUAUAUAUAUAUAUAUAUAUAUAUAUAUAUAUAUAUAUAUAUAUAUAUAUAUAUAUAUAUAUAUAUAUAU